CUGUAGAGGCGGCGGCCAUCUUGGCGGCGGAGCGAUGAACGGGCCAAGCUCGAGGGCUGUGGCCGCGGGGUCGACGGCUGGGCCUGGGGGGCUGGUGUCUGGCAAGGAGGAGAAGAAGAAGGCGGGCGGCGGCGUCCUGAACCGGCUUAAGGCGCGGCGGCAGGCUCUCCAUCACGCGGCCGACGACGGCAGCGGGGCAGCGGUCACCGAGCAGGAGCUCCUGGCGCUGGACGCCAUCCGCCCCGAGCACGUCCUGCGCCUCAGCCGGGUCACCGAGAAUUAUUUAUGUAAACCUGAGGACAACAUCUACAGUAUUGAUUUCACUCGCUUCAAAAUUCGAGAUUUGGAGACCGGGACCGUGCUUUUUGAGAUUGCCAAACCCUGCGUUUCAGACCAAGAGCAGGAGGAGGAGGAAGAGGAGGAGGAUGAGGAGGGUGGAGACGUGGAUAUCAGUGCGGGGCGUUUCGUCCGCUAUCAGUUCACACCAGCGUUUCUCCGCCUCCGGACAGUCGGGGCUACGGUGGAGUUCACAGUGGGAGACAAACCUGUGUCAAACUUCCGGAUGAUCGAACGGCACUAUUUCCGGGAGCGCUUGCUAAAAAACUUCGACUUUGAUUUCGGCUUCUGUAUCCCCAGCAGUAGAAACACUUGUGAACAUAUCUAUGAGUUUCCCCAGCUUUCUGAGGAUGUCAUUCGCCUGAUGGUUGAACACCCUUAUGAGACCCGCUCUGACAGCUUCUACUUCGUCGACAACAAGCUGAUAAUGCACAACAAGGCUGAUUAUGCCUAUAAUGGAGGCCAGUAACCGCUGCAGGAGCGCACAGGGGAGGCACUGUGGCGCAGCCACGAAACCCUGGCACACAGAGGUGCUUGAAGCUGCUGUUUUCAACACAUGUCCAGAACCUGGCUGCCGGAAGUCAGGGCUGGGGCGGGGGCAGGGGGCAGGUUCCUGUGCCCCAAGGGAGGCGCCAAGCAGUGCUGUGUUUUCUCCCCAGUAUUUUUUCUUGCCCCUUUCCCCCUGCCCGUUAGGUCGCAGAGGUACUGUAGUAAAGUAAAAGAUUAGGGUAAGGCUCCUGGAACCCCGAUAACACGGAAAGUGUAUUUUCACAUAGUUAUAGCCGUCUGCUGGUUGCACCGAUGAGCCUCCGUCUUGCUAGGCACAACCGUGCUCAGGUGAGAUGGUUCUGGCCGGGCUGUCUGCGGGUUAGCAGCUCUUCUCUCGGUUGCUAGGUACAGUGGGAAGCUCUUUCCAGGCAACUCCUCCUCUCAUUUCUGGAGCUGCCAUCCGGACAGGGUGUCCUCAGCCUGUGCCUAGUCCUAACCAACUGGAAGAAGCUUGAAGAGGGGUGCUGCCAAGAGGUUGAGGUUUGAUUCUUAGGAUGGGUAGCGCUGCAAAACAGAGAUGCAUUUUGUGGGGGAGGUCUGCUCACCUGUGUGACGUCCAUGGCCCACUGCCAGGGUCCACAGCUGGUCUUCCUGGGGGUAGACCAAGGUUUCAGGCUGACAGUGCCUUCCUCUUCUCAUUUGAGAGGAAAUGUGAGCUUGCUCCGCUUGACCUAGCUCCUGACUUUGGAUUUUCUCCUGAAAUCCAGUGUGUCAGUUUUGCUCAUGGAACAGUAGUAUCUUCCAAGGCCAGAGCAGGCCUUCCUUUUUUUUUUUUUUUUUAAAUUCCAGACUGCUCUUUGGAGCUUUUAUAAAACGUCCGUGGUGUUCCCAGCACAGGAGAAGUACCGUUAAACUUCUAAUAGUAUUAAUCAGGCUCCCAGGGCCCAUCUGGUUCAUGAUGGGGCAUGUAGUUAUUGACCAGCAGCUACUUUAAAGGAGGGAUUUGCUUUUCUCUACGCAGCCUAGCCUGGAGGAUUGGCCUUUGAUGGGGAUUUGCCUCUGAAACUCGGUACAUUUCUUAUUUAGGAGGGUUUUCCUGUCUUGCCUUUGUACUGAAGCAGUUUCUGGAACCAUCCUGGAAGUUCAGACCUAAGGAAUGCAAAUUCUGAACCUUCAAGCUGCUGGUGGGAAUUGUCUGGGGCAUCUGGGAAGAGUGAAAUAGGCUGAGGCGGCCUAUGCAAGAGGUGUGUUCUUGAAAAAGCGUCUUUGUGUAUCCUGUGAGCUACUUUUGUCCUCAGAUGCUUAUUGGAUAGACUCCCACCUUGUCAGCUCCCUACAGUUACCUGACUCUGGGGGUGGCUUUCGGUACUCAGCCAAAGCUCCUGGCCCUCUGAUAAGAGUUGCCGUGGCCAGGGUCCAUUUUGCAUUGAUAGAAAGUCAUCAGUAGGAAGGGCCUGGGUGUGUGGUAGCCAUCACUGUAUGGCGUCACAGUGACUGUGACAGCUGUGUCCAAAGAUCCUUGGGAGGGAGGCCAUGUGUGGCUCGGGAAAGCAGGGCCAACCCUGCCCCGAAGCUCCUGUGCAUUCACCAGUAUCGUUCCCUGUUAGGAUUCUAGGCCUUGUGCUUUUGAACCUUGGCCAGGUGCUCUGUGCCAGCCCAGGGUCUAGGUGCCCUAUGCUGGCAGCUUUCUCAUGGAGAGAGCACUCGAUUACCCCUGUGUCCGGGCACUGGAACCAACCAUGGAGGGAAAAGACUGUGUACCUUGCAGAAACGUUGCUUCCCACCAGACCAGGCGGGUCUCAGAACUGGGGGUUGAUUCCACAUCCAGGUGCCUUAUGUGUGCUCUGCCCCAUGUGCUGCUGGGAAGUGGCAUUGCCGUCUUUCCCUCCUCCUCGUCUGUGGACAGACAGCAGCACUGUCUCCUCACCUCGUGUUUCUCACCGCAGAGCCUCUCCUGGGAUUUGCGUGUUCCCAACGGUCCUUGCUCCCGCAGUUGGGAGAGGUUUUGCUAUUUGCUAUUGAAAUAUUUAACCAAGAAGUGGUUUCUGGAGCUGCCCAGAGUAUAUCUUGGAAAUGUGGCCCAGGGCAGACUGUCUCUGGAACCCUAGCGGGCUCUCUUUUAUCCACGGUCUUAGCAUUUGCUGGGAAGAGGAACGGGAGAUUGGAGGAGAAGCACUCAAGCCGGCUUGAGUAGUGCUGGAUCCUCUUCCCUGUUAGCCUGCUGCAGUCUCACUGAAGACCAUUUGAGGCGUGUACCCAGUCUGUGUCCAGUAGGACGGGGACUUGCCAUCUUCUGCUCUCGUAGGCCUGGUAUCUAUGUCGGGGACUCUGAUCCCUGUGUCUGACUGCUCAGGAAAUCUAGAGAAGGAUUACCACUCUGGGGUGCUACCAGGGGGAGUUGGAAAUGCAUGUUUUUGUACCUGAAUUGAGGAGAGAAUUGGAAGUCCUACUUUCGCUGAAAGUAACUGAACCAAUCUGAAGUUGAAUCAGGGGGCCAUGUUAUCAAGGAAUCUGGACUGUUGAUAGCAGUUGUCUUGUGGUGAUGUAAUGGGUGGGAAGACCUCCCCGCACGGGGAUACCCGUGCCCUCUGUUAGAGCUGGCAUCUGACAGGAGCUCCUGAGAGCAUAUUCCAGUACGCUGGCAGCCCCCCGCGGCAGCGGGCCCUGCUGCCUGCCCCUUCCGCUCCUGUCUUGCUCUCGUCCUGCAUCUUCACAUCUCCCAGGAGAGAGUCUCUCUUUUCAUAUAGAGCUUUUGGGCUAAGACGCCCUUCUUGCUUCUGCAAAGAAGACCCUGGUUUGUUCCAUUCUGUUUUAAAGGGUAAAGAGAGAAAAGAACAACUAGUAGUUCUAGGCUCAUGUGAGAUGUCCUCUCCAGAUGUGUUAGCUCAAAGCCCUCUUAUAGCUGAGAAAACAGUUUUCAGGGCCAUGUGCUUCUUGACAACAUCCAUAGUCUUGGGCCAUUUGAUUCCCAAACAUGGGCCAUGAUUUGGGAAGGUUUAGGGCUGGCCAUAGACUGGUGAUUCUUGAAACGGCAGUGAUUAGGGAAUCGUCAACCAUGUUUUCAAUUGAGGUGGAACUCAUUUAUAGAGUGGAUUCAAUAGGCUCUGUCUGACAUUCAGUAGGUUGUGUCCUGCCACCCCUGGUGGUCGCUGUCACCAUGACAUCAUGAUGUAGGGUUUGCAAUGGGGAGAGUCCUAAAACUCACAGCCCAGACCCCUUGCCAGUGGGUGGGACCUCCUGGGUGCGGAGGGUGCUUCGUACCUGGUGUGCGAGCAUAGUUGUUGCGCCUGACCAGUCCCCAUCAUGUCACUCACAUUCCACGUUAUAGAACAUCUCAGCCACAAGCAGGAUCUGGUGAGGUGGACUUAGCCCUUGUUCUACGAAGGAUCAUGUAAAGUCAUUGACGUUGUGAAAGUGUAUUUUUUUUCCUUGUAAAUCUAUUUUUCACAGAAUAUAAGAAACAUCAAUGACCUGAUCUGUCCUUCCUCUUUCCUGCUUCAUCCAAUAUCCUCAUUCCACUUUGUAUUGUCUACAUGUCCAGAGUAAAACUAGGUGACUUAUUUGUAUAAAAUGUUAUUUUGCCAUAAGAGACGGGAAUAAAAGAAAGAUUUUCACAGUAUAAUGCAGCCUCUCAUUUUCUGACUGGG